UAUAUUUCUCUUUGUUUUCAAUUCAUAUCAUACAAAUGGCAACUAUAGCAAAUUCGUCUGCUUCACAGCAUUGGAACUACUUUUUAAAUGGUCUUGAACAAGCGUCAAACUGGCCAAAGACUUUUAUAUUAUUUUACACGUAAAUUGAACUAAACCUUUCACCCUUAUGAAACUCAUUUAUCAAAAAUUAGUUCAUCGAGCAUUCAAAAGGCCAUGUUGACUACCUUUCUCUUAAAUGGUGUCAUCUUUUUAGGCGGUCAAGUCUUUUUGGAGACUUUAUAUCCUCAAUCCUCGUUAUUUGGAUGUUCUUAUGUUUCUUUACUUGGUUUCCCAGCAUAUAUCGCUUUGCUCGUGAUUAACGGCAAGUUCUUUUCCAAAGUAGCCGAGAAAUCCUAUCAAAUACAAUCCAGUCAACAGAAACAGAAGAAUACAACCAGCGUUGUUGAAACCAUGGCAUCUACCAUUUUUACUAUCAUUUUAUAUAUUAACUCUGGAAUCUUUGCUGCUCUCUUGGUAAAAAUCCCUUUUAUUGGUUUAAUUUUAUCAUUCCUGAUGAAUUGUAUCAUCACCUCAUAUUAUUGUUUCGAAUAUCAAUGGAUUUAUAAAGGCUGGAAUAUUGAAAAACGUUUAGCAUACAUGGAAAAGCAUUGGGCAUACUUUGUUGGAUUUGGAUUACCUGUUACUGUUGUCACUUUCUUCCUCUCCUUCCUUCGUUCGGGUGCCGUAUUCUCUCUUAUUUAUCCCUGUUUCAUCAUCAUGUCCAUGAUGGCUGCUCCUAAGGCCACUACCACUUAUAGUCAAACAUUGGCCUCAGGUGCCAACGCCCAAUCUGAAUGGAGUUUACCUAACAGUAUUCCCUUUUUCUAUCCAGUUAGAAAAAUGAAUGACUUUGUCAUUCUGGUGGUACGCUUGCUUGGUGGUGUCCAUGCUGAUUCUAUCGUUUCAGAAAAGAAAUUAGCUAGUUUAAAGCAAGAAUAAGUUAUAAUCAAAUAUCUCAAGACACUCAUAAUCGCAUAGUUUAAACCUUUUCGACAUCUCGGUAUCUAAAUAUGCGUUUACCCUAUCAAAUAAAGAAAUAAUGCUAUGCAUUAAUGUACUGAAA